AGAAGCAGUUGUUUUAACCCUAGGUUCACAUCUGUGCGGGUGGUGCUGCUGCGGGUCUGCACAAAAAUCUGUGCAGCCACACCACCCACACAGAGAAAUGCGGACCCGCGAGCGGGUUCCAUUACUUCUAAUGACACGCCACCCGCACUGGAAAAUGCAACCAUACUGGGAACCGAGGUUCCUGUGCAGGCUGCGUUUUCCAAAGAAGUGCAGGGACUUCUUCCCUGCGUGUCACAGGGCACGGGAGUCCAUUCAAAUAAAUGGGCUCUCGUGUCCCAGGGGCGGACUGACCAUUUGGAAACU